AUCCAAUUUUUCUCACUUUUUUCCUUUACCCUUCAAAGGCUCCGGUCUCCUCCACCGAGAGAGCCAGAGGUUCUUCUCCGCAGCUCGCCUUUCUCAACCUCAUCAUCACAAAUCCUGUCGCACGGUCGCACCCAUUCGUUCCUCCCAUGCAUAGCCCAUCAUAGCAUUACAUCACCCGUCCCCGUCCACUUCCCUCUUCUUCGGUCGUCGUCUCUGUUCGCCGGCUAGCUAGACUCGGCUUACCGGCAGCGCAAAGACAGCAGCCCCGCUCGCCGCCGCGGACCGCGACGACGACCGGCUCAGAUCCAUCCUUCAACCCCGUGUCUUUUCUGCGGCAUUUGUAGUUGGAGUGGUUGAGCCGAGCCCCCGCGCGGCCGCCGAUUGUGACGACCCCCGGGCCGUGGCGACGCCAUGAAAAAAAUUAAUUUUAUACGGCUCCCCUAGUAGAGCUGAGGCCUGACAACCCAACCAGAUUUUAGGUAGUUACCUCUGUCGUUUGCUGCCCAUAUCCCCGGCUUCGCCUUGGCACAUAUCUUCCGCUUGCUUAACUAGGAUAUAUAAGUAUUUGCUGCUCUGUUUUGUUGCACUUGUACCGUAUCUCAUCUUCCCCCAGCUUAUCCCCCCGUCUCCUUUUGGAUUGAGUUAGAUCAGCUAGCUGCCUGUAAAGCGCGCGGAGGGGCCGGGGCGGCUUCGGCGCGAGUUCUUCUGGUUCAGGCUAACGGAAUUCGCUUUCCGGGCGGCGACCGACCGCCUCGAUCGACAUUUUCUAUUCGAGCGGAGCCAGAGAGCAGUUCCGGGUCGUACUGCAUUGGCUGCUGCGGUAAGCAGGGGAGAGGAUCCGCGAACAGGGCAAGCCCACGGCGGUUAGUGGUUGAGCUAACUGCGUGGGCGUGCAGUGAUGAGUUAUCCUAUCGAUCGUCAUGGUGGAGAUCCCUGGUGAUAUUUGAGCUGCCGGUGGUCGAUUGGGAAGGGGGAAGGAGGCAUGGCGGGCGAGCACGGGGAGCGCGUCGGCCGGUGCAUACUGGUGGGGCUGCACAUGGACGCCGCCGGCAAGGACCUCCUCCAGUGGGCGCUCAACCAGGCGGCCAGGAGCGGCGACCGCGUCAUCGCCGUGCACAUUUACCGCAAAUCCGGUGACCUGUGCAAGACGAACACGCUGACGCUGAUCAGGACGCUGGACGGCUACCUGGCGGAGUACGAGGCAAUCUGCAGCAAGAAAGACAUCGUUCUCGUCGGGCGGGUGACGCCGGGGAGCUCGAUCCAGAAGGUGCUGGUGAAGGAGGCCAAGCUCUGCGCCGCAAUGGUGGUUGUGAUUGGGGCCAACAAGAAGUACUCCUUCGGAGGCUCGACUUGCCUGGCCAAGUACUGCGCCAAGAAGCUGCCGCCGACGACCAGCGUCGUCGCCAUCCAGAACGGCAAGGCCAUCUUCGUGAGGGACGCGCCCAAGCCGCCGCUCGGAGCAGAGCCGAAGCCGGUGCUCCGCACGCUGCUGCACCCGAGCGUGGGGCUUGAGCCCAAGGUGAUCAUCCCCAACCCGAACCGGAGCGCGCGGUCCAUGGACUUCGACGCCGAGAGCUGCGGCCAGUGCGCCGGGCCACCGCCGCCGCUGGUGAAGUCCUACGACGCCGAAGCCGACGCCGAGGCCGGCACGGCGCCCGAGAACAGGCUCGGCUGGCCGCUGCUGCGGCGCGCGCCUGCCCCCGCGCAGCCCAAGGGAGAGGAGACGCGCAAGCAGUCGGUGGUCCACUGGGUGAUGAGCCUGCCGAGGCGGCCCUCGCCGUCGGCGUCCCCCGAUCUCUCGCCGCCGCAGGAAGGGCUCGCCGCCGACCUGAAGCGAUUGCUCGGCGGCGUCCCCUCCCGGUGCCGGUGGUUCCGCUACGAGGAGCUCUACGACUCCACCAACCACUUCUCCCCAGAGAAUCUGGUGGGGAACGGAGGGCACAGCAGGGUGUACAGGGGCAGCCUGGCGAGCGGGCAGCAGGUGGCGAUCAAGGUGUGCAAGGCGUCGGCGGUGGCGUCCAAGGACUUCCUCCGGGAGGUGGACAUCAUCAGCAAGCUGCAGCACGAGAGGAUCGUGCCGCUCAUGGGCGUCUGCGUCCAAGGCCCCAAACUCAUCUCCGUCUACCGCUACCUCCCCAGGGGCAGCCUCGAGGACAACCUGCACGGGAAAAGAUCGAAACCAGCGCUGCCGUGGGAGAAGAGGUACAGGGCGGCGGUUGGAGUCGCUGAAGCGCUCAGCUACACACACUCCGGCUGCUCGCGGCCGGUGAUCCACAGAGACGUCAAGUCCUCCAACAUCCUCCUCACUGACGACUUCGAGCCUCAGUUGUCUGAUUUCGGGCUUGCGAUCUGGGCGCCGUCCAACCCGUCCUCCCUAACGCACAGCGACGUCGUCGGCACGUUCGGGUACCUAGCACCGGAGUACUUCAUGUACGGGAAGGUGACCGACAAGGUGGACGUGUACGCGUUCGGGGUGGUGCUGCUGGAGCUCCUCACCGGGAGGAAGCCCAUCAGCGACGGCUCACCCAAGGGACACGAAAGUCUCGUCAUGUGGGCGACCCCGAUGCUGAAAUCCGGCGACAUCUCCGACCUGCUGGACCCGAGCCUGGACGUGAAGCACGACGAGGUGGAGGUGAGGCGGAUGUCCCUCGCGGCGUCGCUCUGCCUCGGGAGGUCGGCUCGCCUCAGGCCCCGGAUAUCGCAGAUACUGGGCAUACUACGAGGCGAGGAGGACGCGACCGGGCUGCAGCAGGCCGCCGCCGAGCCGGACUGCCUGGUGGACGACGAGACGUACCCGGCGGCGAACGUGAGGUCGCACCUGGGGCUGGCGCUGCUCGACGUGGAGGACGCAGAGUCCAUCUCCAGUACAGAGCACAGCAAUCUCAGCCCACUCGAGGAGUACCUGCGAGAGCGCUGCAGCCGGUCAUCCAGCUUCGAUUGACAGCUUCGCUCUUCUACGGCUCCCUCGGUUUUGUUUUGAUUUUCUUUUUAUUCUUUUCUUUUUACUGAUGAGUGGAGAUGUCAUUGUGGUUGGUUACAAACUCAUGUACAUAAAACAAAUUACAUCACACCGGUGCCGCACUGUGCCACCUAGAAGCUUCCACUACAGAAAAGCUUCCAAUUGUCCUCAACAUGACAGUUGAUAAAUUUUAUGAAAGUUCAGAAAAAA